UGACCUCACUGGAUGUGAGUAUAUUGGGCCUGGGACAGGGCUGGGGGCUAACAGCCUGUGUGAGAUGAGUGUCUUUGUGUCUGUGCUUGAUGUUGGUGGCUCUCUGUAGUCACAUUACAGCAUGGGUGUGAUGGAGAUCUGACUUCAUUCAUUCAACAAACAUAUUUUCUAAGGAGUUCCCUGUGCCAGGCACUAAGCUGGGCACUGGGAAUGUAAUAAAAUAGUCAAGGUCCCACCUUCUAAGACUGUCCGACAGGGAAACGAACAAGAGUCAAAUAAGGCAGAAGAUGUGAUGUAAUACACCUACGAAAUCUCAGAGGGUUGUAUGGUCGUGGGAGCUCAAGUGAGACACUUAACCUGGCCUGAGACAUUCCAGAAGGCCUCCCGAAGAACUGACAUCUGAACUGAGAACUGAAGGAAGAUGAGUACUAGUGAGGCUACUGGACGUGAAUGUGGAGAUUGUGCAGGGCAAUGCAAGAGGAGGCUGUAGAAGUCAACCUGGCUAGAUCACAGCGGGGCGUAUGUGGGGCAGGAGCUUCUUUGUUUGAACUUGCUCCUGAGAGGAUGAGGCCUCCUAGAGCGCUGGCUCCUGGACAGCAACCUCCUUUGGUGCCUUGUGACCAGGGCCCUGAUGGUUCAUUAGAUGGAGCCUUCGAGUCUUAGGGAGUUGCCGCAGGGUCCCCACAGCGGCUCCCGACGGUUGUGAACCAGCAUCCAUCUUCCACGGCUUCCGGCAACCCACCUGGCCCUGGACGUGUCUCAACUGGCCCGCGCGAGGGGCCGCCCCGGAAAUGACGCGCUGCCCCGCUGGCCAAGCGGAAGUGGAGAUGGCGGAGCUGUACGUGAAGCCGGGCAACAAGGAGCGCGGCUGGAACGACCCGCCGCAGUUCUCAUACGGGCUGCAGACCCAGGCCGGCGGACCCAGGCGCUCGCUGCUUACCAAGAGGGUCGCCGCACCCCAGGAUGGAUCCCCCAGAGUCCCCGCAUCAGAGACUUCUCCUGGGCCUCCCCCAAUGGGGCCUCCACCUCCUUCAAGUAAGGCUCCCAGGUCCCCACCUGUGGGGAGUGGUCCUGCCUCUGGCGUGGAGCCCACAAGUUUCCCAGUCGAGUCUGAGGCUGUGAUGGAGGAUGUGCUGAGACCUUUGGAACAGGCAUUGGAAGACUGCCGUGGCCACACAAGGAAGCAGGUAUGUGAUGACAUCAGCCGACGCCUGGCACUGCUGCAGGAACAGUGGGCUGGAGGAAAGUUGUCAAUACCUGUAAAGAAGAGAAUGGCUCUACUGGUGCAAGAGCUUUCAAGCCACCGGUGGGACGCAGCAGAUGACAUCCAUCGCUCCCUCAUGGUUGACCAUGUGACUGAGGUCAGUCAGUGGAUGGUAGGAGUUAAAAGAUUAAUUGCAGAAAAGAGGAGUCUGUUUUCAGAGGAGGCAGCCAAUGAAGAGAAAUCUGCAGCCACAGCUGAGAAGAACCAUACCAUACCAGGCUUCCAGCAGGCUCCAUAAUCCUCGGUUCCCCAGACUCACCGGACACCAUCUCCUAUGCCUUGGAGACCUUCUCUCACUUGGCUCCCUUCUUACCACCACCAAGACUGUCCCACUGGGCCUGACCCACCUAUGAGGGAAGAAGUCCCACCUGGGCCAGAGGGAGUUCAUGUGUUACUCAUAACCUGCAUUUCAAUAAAAACAUCUCUGCAGUGGG